AUGAGUGGGGGGAGAACAGGGGGAGUUUUGGAGGGGGGUCUGGUCAUGUUCCCCCCUGUCUGCAUAUGUGUGUGUGUUUUUGUGUGUGUGUGUGUGCGUGUGUGUGUGUGUAUGUAUGUGUGUGUGUGAAUGCACAGACGGUUCAGUAGUAAUUUGAUGUGUGUCCCAGGGGACGUUUGAUGGAUUAAAGCUAAGCAGCUCCAUUGCUGCGUACCACCUGAUCUCUCUCCCACUGCCGCCCCAUAUAAGCCUGCCUGACUGCUGAUCUCAGCUAGUCCCUCAGUGUCUCUCUCUCUCUUUCCUCUCUCUGUCUCUUCUCUCUCUCCUCUCUGUCUCACUUUCUCUGUCUCUCUGCUUCUCUUUUUCUUUCUCCUUGUGGCCCCCACUGCAGCCCGGGAGCUAUCCAGUGCUGAACGAGAGUAUUUUUCUUUUCUUUUUUUUUUUCUAUCCACAACCAGGCAGAGAGAGAGAGAGAGAGAGAGAGAGCGAGCGUGUGCAUUUGCGUGUGAUUCGUACAGUAGCGGCGCGCACACACAGCAUCCCAUCAUCCGUCGCCUCUCCUCCUCUCGCCUUGCUCUCCAUCUCCUUUAUCUUCAUCCCUGGUUCUUUUCAUCCCUCCUCCUUUCAUUUCUUUUUUUUCUUCGCUGGAAGGUCAGGUCUUUUCUAUAAAGUAACGUACGGAUUUACACUCCUGCUGCUUGUUUUUCUUUUUUUUUGUUCUAUCCUCCAGGAAUCUUUUUUUUCUCAUUUUCCCCCCCUCGUUUUCUGUUCGACGCCCAUGCGUAGUGCUUCUCGCGUGUGUGUGCUGACCGUGCGUGAAUCAUGCCCCGCUCCUUUUUGGUGAAGAAGAUCAAGCUGGAUGAUUUCUCCUCGUCUCCUGUGGUGGCAUCCAACCAUCAUCAUCACCAUCAUCACCAUCACCACCUGGACGACGCCUUCACUUUCACCCGCUCCAUCACAGACUCUGUAACCAGCCUGGGUGUCCGGCUCAGCGAGAAUGGCUACAUCCAGGACUACAUUAGUCCCUCUGCAUAUCAGAGUGAGAAGAAGCUGGAGCUGAAGUUGGCCUCAGCUGUGUCUGAUCCUCUGUAUGCCCCGGUCAGCAGUGGAGGUGAGGAGUACUGCGAGCCAGACUUGGAACAGCCUGACAGCCCUCAGUCCGGUCUGACUGCUCGUGGCUACUACAGCGGAGAGGCGGAAAGUCUGAGCGAUGGCUACAUUACUGCAGAGGGCUUCUUCAUCUCAGAUGGGCGCUCACGGAGGAAAGGCGAAGGUAAGGAGUCGCGAAAGAGUGCGGCGGAUCCCAAGGAGGCUAGUGGUGGAAACCCACGGCACGUGUGCAAUGAGUGUGGCAAGACAUACGCCACAUCGUCCAACCUGAGCCGUCACAAGCAGACGCACCGCAGCCUGGACAGCAAAAUGGCUCGCAAGUGUCCAACCUGCAGUAAGGUGUACGUGUCCAUGCCGGCACUGGCCAUGCACAUCCUGACCCAUGACCUCAAGCACAAAUGCAGCGUGUGCAGCAAGGCCUUCAGCCGGCCGUGGCUGCUGCAGGGACACAUGCGCUCACAUACCGGAGAAAAGCCCUUUGCGUGUGCCCACUGCGGCAAGGCCUUUGCAGACCGCUCCAAUCUGCGGGCCCACAUGCAGACGCAUUCAGCCUUCAAGCACUACCGCUGCAAGCGAUGCGACAAGACCUUCGCGCUUAAGUCCUACCUAAACAAGCACUACGAGUCGGCCUGCUUCAAGGGCUCCGGGGAUGAGGAUGAGUCCGGAUCUGAAAACUGAUGGAAGAGAAAUCGGAAUCUUCGUAUCGUUAAAUUUGUCAGGAAGAGUCAGGAGACUGAGUCUUGUUUGUUCUCACGUCUCCCUUGUUCAACUCCAGAAGCGUUUCACAGACCCCUCCUCUUGCACACAUACACUCACACACUAAAACGCAUCGAAUGCAUUGAAUUUGCUUGAUUUAAAUGUGUACAUUAUGUCCACAUUAUGCCAGAGAAAUUUCAAUGAUAAGUUAGUUGGUACUGUGACUGUUAGAGCUAUGUUAAUAUCUGGUAGCGUACCUAUGGGAUUCUAAUAGUAUUUUAGUGCUAGACUUAAGCUUAGCAAUGCACAUGAACAUUUUUGGCAGUUAUAGAGUAAAUAUAUGAAUCUUGGGAAAGACAUUCCAUGUAUUAUUUGAAGCUCAAAACAAACAUAUUAGCAUAUAUUUAUCUUGUCUGUAGCAAUUUUACAGUGAAGCUUUCAGUAAAGGGCUGCUGCAGCUGUUUUCCAUUUCUAACAGUUAUCAAACUAAACUUGUCUGCAUUCACAAAUCAUUGACAUAUCUAGGACUUCCAGAAGGUCUAGAGGGAUGUUUUAUCUCACAAAACUGGUCAUACGCAUUAGAAAUUGAAAAACAAUUGGCUGAUUACUAACUUCCAAAUUAUGCUAGUGGUUAAUCUAACAUGUAAGGCAUUCAGUACAGCUUCUGAAGUCCUGACCAAUGAAAGAGAACAUUUAGCUGUAUCUACCUAGAUACCAUGGAAAAAGGGACUGAUUGGAGUAUCCAAUAUGACAUUUCAAGAAUUUAAUCCUUUUGUUUCCAACCAAAGCCUAACAAUGAAAUAACAGUAGCAGUGUAAUACUUGUGGAAUUUAAAUACAAGCAUCAUUUUAUUUAGUAAAUUGAAUUGACAUAUUUUAUAGUUUCUAUAAAUAAUUGUCAUUAAUCAUUAUGAAUGCCCCAAGGGUUCCAUGUUGUGUUUAUCAUCAGUUAUUAUUAUCAAGUCAGAGCUUCUUUAUUGCCUCUACUUAUUACAUCAAAACUAUGUUUGUCAAAAGCAAGCAAACUAAAAGACAACCGUGUUGAUGUAGUAUAUUUUAUUAUUGUGGAAACAAUGUACACAUUUUAAUCGACUCAGUUUAGUGCAUUACUUUUUUGGUGCACAACAGAAAAUUUGCUCCUUCAUCUUUUCUGUUAUGAUCCAGACCUCCUUUAAUAAUCCUAUCAUCUGUGCACACAUGAGAGAGCGCACGAGGAAGAAAAAGAAAUCUGUUCCACUUUUCAGAGGAAGGAAAAGAAAACACUCAUCUUCUCUUUUCAACUCCAGAAGCCCUUCACUGACCCUUUCCUCUUCACAUACACACACGCAUACACACACAAAUAAAUGCGCCUUGUCCCUCGUCCUCCCUUUUUUUAGAAAGCAAUAUUUUCGCUGAGAUUAACUUUGGGGAAAACAAGGAAAACAAUAAUGACCAGACAAAUAAUGAAUAGAUGCUGGAUUUUUUUUCUUCACGACGAUUGCUAAUUGUCCACAGAUACACGCCAACAUAUUUUAAGACUAUCUCUCUCACACACACACACACACACACACACACACACACACACACACACACACACACACACACACACACACACACACACACUUAUUAUGAGGCCUGGCAUGUGAAUUUUUAUCAAUGACUAUAACAAUAUUAAUAAUGAUAGUAAUAAUAUUUAGAUUCCUGAUAUUUUAUAGCAAAUCAUAUGAAAACUAAAAAAAGGACAACAACAGUGUUCCUUCUUCUUUUUUUAGAAACAAACAAACAAAAAAAUGACCUCAUGUAUUUUUAUGCUGCUUUUUUGUUGUGCUAAGAGUUGAAUUCUUUUGCAACUGCCAAUUUCAACUUUUAUGACAAUGUCAACGAUGACAGUAUUUGCAAAAAAAAAAUCGAAAGGCCACUGAAAAGGUGAAAGUGUUUUUUCUCUUAAACGUCACACUUUAAUAUUUUAAUUCUACAAGUGUUAUUUUUAUAUUGUAAGUCCAAAUUCUAGCAGUUUAUUUAUUGUCUGUUGUUUUUUUUUUUUGUUUGUUUGUUUGUUUUGUUUUUGUGCCAAUCAUCCCCUGAUAACUUAUCAAAAAGCAAUCUUUUGGGAAUGAGACUAUGGUGGACUUUCUUAAGAACAUGGUCUUUGCUUCAGUAUUAAUCUCACCAGGAGCUACGCCAAAACAAAUAUGAAGGACAAAUGAAGAUGAAUAAGACAAAUGGAACUCAAAGACGCUUCUGGUUUAAAACCUGUUGCUCUCGUCUCAGUCCUGUUUGACAGGAUGCAAUAUCUCAGUAAACGAAACACUCUCACAGUAACACAAGGACUCUAAUGAGGACAUUUAGCCGAAUUCAAAGAAGAGUGAUGCAACUAAAGCAAUCUCCAUCCAUGAUACAGGUCUUCCUCUGCCAGUUUGGCUUAAAGCAGACUCUUCAAGUGUUCCAUCCAUCUGGAGAUACUCCCCCCCACUUCCUCUCCAACGAUUACCUCACCCAGAGGCAGGUAUGACCUCUGACACCCUCCGUCUUCAAGUCACCCCAUCCACACUUCAUCUCCGCCAAAACAGCAACCUCAUCUCUUACCAUGUCAGUAUUGUUUUAUUUAUGUAUUUAUUCAUGUACUAUUUAUUAUUUUAUUCGAUUAUUUAUUAUUUUUGUCUUAUUUAUUUAUUUAAUGUAUUUAACUUAUUCAUCUGUGUAUUUUGAAUACUGAAUACCACCAUUGACCUUGUAAGAUGCUGCUCUUGAAAGAAAAAUGUUUAUAUGCAUGAAAAAAAAAACAACUGUAGAAAAAGUCCAUAGGACUUCUAGCGUUUUUGAAGAGGAACAAUGUACAGCAUUUGAAACGUCUGGAAUGCCGACGAAUACUUUGUUUCACAGGCAAUAAUUCUUCCUUGGCAUGGCAACGGACUUGUAUAAUCAUAGCUGUCCUGUCUGCAGAUCACUUAGGGCAAUAAAUGAAACCGCCUGAACACAAAACACAAA